AGUCUGCACCCCGCCCCGAACACUCCCUUCAGGGUAAAGCCGAGUGGCCGGGGGCGGCAGCUCAGUCCCAGCGAAAGCGCACGGCGGCCCGGGGACGGCGGCGGAAUCUCACAGUCACAGCGGAGGGCAGGCUCUCCACAAUGCAGUCUGUCGACAAACCCCAACUGCUGUCCUUGGGCAGGAAGGACACCCAGCGCUUGCUGGAAGUGUACGUGAGACGUAGCCUGAGCCUCAAUGAUGGUGCAGACGCAGAAUGCAGGCAUCGGGUCAAGCCCCGGAAGUGGGUGACCAGGGCCAAGAAGAGCCAACGUGUCCGGAGGCACUCCAGCGACAGCUCUGCUCACCUCAGCCCAGGGGAGGUGCUUGACACCAGAACCUUCUUGGUGACCCCUCUAGAACCACCUAUCACUUUUUUGCAGUCAGAAGACUACGCUGGGCCUGAAGGCUUUGUGGAGCCUGGAGUCUGCGUAGACCCAGAUGUCCAGGCACAGUCUGAAGUCCAUGGACAUACUGGAGAUCAUGUGGACCUAGAAGUCCAUGCAGACACAGAAGACCAUGCAGAACCAAAAAAGAAACCAAAGAAAAGUAACAAGAAGGGAAAGAAGUCUUUCUUCAAGACGUUUCUUAGUCUGUUUUCCAGAAAGGAGUCUGAUGAGAAGGAGGAGAGGGACCCCAGCCCAGAGAGAAUGGGGAGUGGGACACCCCCUGAUACUCCUCAGGAAGUGUUUUGCAUCCCGGUCAGUGAGUUCUCCUCUGGGGGGACCCAACAUUCUCCCCGACUAGGCAAGUCCGUGAAGAUAAAGAAUUUGCGCAAAAAGUUCUCCUUCCGGAGCACAGGGGAGUCCAAGAAGCCAGAGAAGCCCACUACUCUGAAUCUGUCCAGCAAAGUACACAUGCCAGAGGUUGUGUCGGUGGAACCCACAAACACAUACUAUGAGAAAGUAUCAGAAGAACUGAAGAAGAUCGUGAAAGAGGUUAAGGAGAGUCCGACCGCAGAGAACCAUGUCGCUUUUGGGAAAACCCUGGCCGUGGACAGCAGAGUGGCCGCGAAAGAUGCAGAAACCAUUGAAAACAUAAUCAGCCUUCUUAAGCAGCAAGGCGAUGCCAUAAAUGUGCAGGUGAUGGCGGACGGCUCGGUGAGCUCCUUCUUCCAGGACCUGUCGUACAGCUCCUUCCAGCAGCUGGCAGAUCGCUAUGUGCAGGAGGAGAUCCCCAGCCACCUGCCCCAGCAGACCACCGCGCCGGAGCUCGUCCGCUUCGCCUUCACCCUGGAUUUCACCGCCAGGAUGGCGGGUCUCUCCAACCAGGCCGUCUGCCGCAUCAUGGGUUUCGGGAACCAGUACCUGGAGGACCGCUUCACGCAGCUGAGCCGGACCACCUCUGGGGAAUCUCAAGUCAAGGAAGUCCAAAACUUCAACGCGCCGGACUAACGGCUUCUGUGCAGAACGGCCGUUCCUCAGAUCCACUCGCGGCCGUGGCCGUAGUGCCAGCGGGAAUAACACAGCGAAGGGAUCUCCGGCAGAAGAUCGGGGGCGUGGAAGCGAAAAUUAAAUGGGCAUCUUUUAGCACGAAGGGGAGCCACCCUUACCGAUGAUUUUUAAUGUUGUCAGCAAGGCCCCCUCGCAUUCACGUGGCCUUUUUCAAAGACGGGCUGGAACUCCAGUGUCGUGAUGCUACACACUAUCCACAGUCUCCAGGGAGGUGCUGGAAUGCGUACAGGCUGCUCCUCAAGUGUCUGUAAUGAUCUGUGAAUCUGUGAAACAUGAUAUCUACCCAGCAGGCCUUGGACAGAUGGAUAGAGCAAUAUAGGAAGGUCAUUAUAGCUGCUGGGGCUGUUCGCUGUUAGCCUGGUUCAGGGCACUUAAUGUUUGAUUAGCCGCUAAUGUGAAUUGAUGUUAUUCUCUUUUUUAUCUUUCUUCUGUAGAAUGGCUGUGCUGUAAGUACAGGGCCUUGUGUCCAUCUUAGGACUCAGUGGGCCUUCGGGGGUGACACCUUUUACCCCCAGGCCACCCCACACUUCACCUUACACAUUUAGUCUUUAAAUUUGUAUGGUGAAAAUGCAAGGAUGUACAGCUCUGAAAAAAAAAAUUAAUUAAAUCUGUGUUUUUUUUAAUCCUCGGGCCUGUAUUACGAAGCGGGGUUACUGGCGUAUCGGAUUUUGUCGGAUUUAAGGAAGUCUGGGCAAAAUGUAAGUGAACAAAUAUGAAGUCCAUUUAAACUGUGGUACUUUAAAUCCGACAAUUUAGUCCGAUUAGCCAGUAAUCCCGCUUCGUAGUACCAGGCCACUGGUUUAAUCCUGGUUCUGCUGGCAGGAGGCUACGCUGAGAGGCAGGCUGCUUCCAGGCUCAAAGUUUCUAAGACAGCAGUACACAAGAAUAAGGUGAAGCAGGAGACACUGGGAACAACCAGAAGUCAGACAGGUGAAGGGCAGAAGCGACUGUCUAAUGCCAGAGAUGACCGUUAGCUUGUCCAACAGGUUCUCAUGAAUUAUAGCAUGACAUCAUGUGACCUUCAAAAAGAAUGGGAAACAUUAAGUGCGGGUGUGAGGUGCACUGCUAGGACAGUUCAUAUCAGGCUCCUAGAAGCAGGACUGUAGUCCCAUAAAGUAAGGAAGAAGCCCUUCAUCAAUGAGAAGCAGGGAAGAGCCAGGCUGGAGUUUGCAAAAAAAAUGUGUAUUUUAAACAGCCGCAUACCCGUAAGUUGAGAAAUGAAUGAAAUGGCACCUUUUGCUGUGGUCUCGUAAUUUUUUCUAGAGCUGUAUAUAAUUGUUCAAACGAUUUGCGGUUCCUAAUUAUGUAUGCUGGCAUACAUGGGCUGUGUCUCUGGAAGAAAAGUGUUCAUCUAAACAAUAAAAUGAUUUGGCAGUUUUAUACAUUUUAUAA